AUGCCUCCGAAAACAGGAGAUGGGGUUGCCGGUGGUAAGCAGCGGAACCAAAACCUCGACAAAAAAAUGAACCAAAUUCAUCAAACAGCUGAUAAAAAUGGUCAUUCACAAGUUGGAAGACCAUCAUUAGUUGGAAAAUCCAUCAAAUCAAAAUUCACCAUUGCCCCUCUCAUUAUAGAGGGCGUCAAGAUCAGCAAGCUCCAACUUAAUGAUCUAUUAAAACAGCAUUUAAAUGAUGUUAAUAUUCAUGAUAUACAACUUAGUAGAUCUGGAUCAUUUACAUUAUAUGCUAGUGAUGCUAGCUCAUUUAACCGUCUGUUAAAUGAAUUUACAUUAAUAUUAGCAGCAAACGGUCAAUAA